AUGCCCGGACGACAAGCACGAUGCCAAAGCACUCUCGCUGAGGCAACUACUCCUACCUCAUCUGCCGGUGGCAAAGCUACCAAGAAGCGAUCAAGUAAGACUACUCCGUAUUCUAGAAACCCUCCUUUGUCUGCUUCUUCUACAUCUACCACUAUUUCACCGGUCUCUUCCACAGUCGUCACCUCAACACCAAGUACGAUUGCCGAAAUAGCUCGACUUCAAGAAGAGCUCCGAGCCGCCCAGACUGCUUUGAAUACUCUCUCUACCGACCCUGCGACUGUCUCAUCGUCCCCCACUACCCUUUCGAAUGCAACCUCUCUAUCCCUUAAUUCGUCGUUGUCAAACGUCGCGUCCCAUGGGCUAUCAUCACCAGUAGAGACACAUUUUGCUGCGUCACCACCCGAUAAUGCGGACCCGUCACACGAGACGCCGUCGCCAGCCCCAGCACCCUCAUUUAGUAUGACGACCUCUUAUUCCAAGCCGACUUCUCAAUCGAUCUACCCCCCUCCCAAUAUGAUGAAAAAGGGCUUCAAAUUGAGGUCCGCGAUGGGUCUUAUUGGGCAGGAGCACGACAAUUUGAUGAAGGGAAUCCAUGCAAGUCAUACACCAUUAUUGUCUAUCAUAAAUAUCUAUUAA